AUGCUGGCCCUAAAGCUAUUGGACACCUUUCCAAAGCUCGUCAACGAUUUCAACGUCUCUGAGGAUUAUUAUGGCCUAUCCCCCUUGCACCAGGCUAUCGUCAAUGAGGAUCCGUAUAUGGUCAGCAUCUUAUUAAGACGAGGCGCUGACGUUAACAAACGGUGUCACGGCGCGUUCUUCUGUGCCGAAGACCAAAAGUCGAGUCGCACCGACUCGCUGGAGCACGAGUAUGUCGAGCUGAGCACAAAAACAAACUAUACGGGUCGAAUGUAUUUCGGGGAAUAUCCACUGCAUUUUGCGGCCUGUAUGAACCAGCCGGAGUGUUAUCGGUUGUUGUUGGCAAAGAAGGCAAACCCAAAUGCAAAAGACACAAACGGAAAUACGGUAUUGCACAUGUGUGUCAUUCAUGAGAAUAUGGAAACCGGUGAACAUCUCGAAUUACUUGACGGGUUGCUGGAAAAUAUUUUACAAGCCAAAUGGGAUGCGUACGCGAAAGUUUGCUGGUAUCGCUCUUUGGGAUUCUUUGUCUUUUACUACGUCUGCUUCUUCAUGGCAUACAUGAAUCGGCCAUUUUCAUUAACAACUGAGAUCUCAACAAAUGGCAUGAUAAAUGGGGACGGUCAAACGUAUGACCUUUCCAGAAUGGUCAAGGAUGUGGACUAUAACUUAACCCUUGUCGAAGUGGACGACCUUACACAAUUCCGGUACUAUGAAUAUUCCAAUUUACGUUACGAUGAUGUAAAGAUGAGGUGUCACUUGAUGCACUACGGCGAGUUGCCAAUAAUGCAGGGAUACGUACGGCUUGGGGCUGAGGUGCUGGUGCUUCUACAAGUGAUUCUGCACCUUAUCAUGGAUAUAAUGGACUUUCGGCGGAUUGGGAGGAAGAAGUGGUGGAGUGUGAUGGCAGCCUUCCCCGCCAAACUAAUCUUCAAAGCAACAUUCCUGGGUGUAUUGUUGAUUAUCCCGCUUCGAUUGGGCUGCCAUCUCAGCGAAUAUUUCUUUAUCCUCGACAACGUCAUUUCAACAAUUAUUGUGCCGAUGACGACCAUACAUUUUCUUUAUUAUAGCCGAGCCGUGAAAUUCGUCGGACCUUUUGUGUUGAUGAUCUACACAAUUAUCGCGUCGGAUCUGUCUCGGUUUAUCGUAAUUUAUAUUAUCUUUCUGGUCGGAUUCUCACAGUCUUUCUACCUCAUAUUUACGGCAUGCGAACGGGCUGCAUAUACGGCAAAUGUGACCGUUACACAGACGACGGCUGAUGAUGGCGAUUCUUUUCAGAACCUGAUUCCGAAUCCGCAGGAGGCUUUGAUUCGAACGUUUAUUAUGACUAUCGGAGAAUUUAUGUCACUUUAUCGUGAACUGGCAGCCUGUGAUUCGUUAUUGAUGUCUACGAUUGGAAAAGUGUGCUUUAUCCUUUUCGAAAUGGGUGUCUCAAUCCUUCAAUUCAAUUUACUGAUCGCUAUGAUGACGCGAACCUAUGAAGAAAUCUUUCAAACGUCCAAGGAGUGGAAACGCCAGUGGGCGCAG